GUUAUGUUUCACAACUUACGUCAAUUUCCCACCUUUUCCGUCGCACAAGCAUACCCAAUUCACCAUUACCUAUUAAAAUACACCGACCCUCCACAACCCAAGAUUCAGCGCGUCACGGCACAAUUCUCUCCAACGCCUUACUCUCAACAAACUACCAGUUUCUGACCUACCUCCAACCAUUGAUUCUACGGCGCAAUGCCCACAGCAACCCUGCUGCCCGAAUCAGACCUAGACCCCACCUCCGCAUCGUUGGACUACGAUGUCUGGUUACGAAAUCGCUACGCCAAAGAUGACAACUCAGGUGUGAGAGCCAGUCAUGCUAGUGUGGCUUUCCAGAGCCUCAACGUGUAUGGAUAUGGUUCUGCGACGGAUUAUCAGAAGACGUUUGCGAAUUAUCCUGGCGCGAUAUUGAGAGAUACUAUAGCUUGGUUUGCGAGAAGAGGUGCGACGAAGAUUCAUAUUCUGGACGACUUUGAGGGCGUAGUGCAAAAUGGAGAGAUGUUAUUGGUUUUGGGCAGGCCGGGUAGUGGGUGUAGUACUUUCUUGAGGACCUUGGCGGGACAGACUAGAGGUCUUCAGGUCGAUAAGGCUUCUAUCCUGAAUUAUCAAGGAAUCUCUGCUCGUACGAUGCAUUCCGAGUUUCGGGGUGAAUGUACAUAUCACGCCGAGUCUGAUUUUCAUAUUGCCCACCUCACUGUCAGCGAGACAUUACAACUUUCUUCCAAAGCAAGGACGUCCCAUGAUGAAUUGGAAGAUUCAGGCAAGAGCUGGAAAUCCUAUGCUGCCGAAACCCAAAACGCAACUCUCUCGGCUCUGAACUUAUCCAGUGUGGUAGACACCAAGAUAGGCAAUACUUUCAUCCAGGGUAUCAGUGGAGGAGAGCGAAAGAGAGCAGGCAUUGCAGAGAUCAUGGUUGGUGGAAGCCCUUUUCAAUGCUGGGACAACAGCACAAGAGGACUGGAUAGCGCUAAUGCGUUGGAGUUUCUCAGAGCUUUGAGACAGUCUACGACUAUUCGCCAAUCUGUGUCUUUGGUAAGCCUUUACCAGGCAUCUCAGGAUAUGUAUGAUAUAUUCGACAAGGUUAUCCUGUUGUAUGAAGGUCAAGAGAUCUUCUUUGGUCCUGUCGCUGAAGCGAAAGAAUAUUUCGUCAAACUGGGAUUCGUAUGUCCCGAGAGAAGUACUACAGCGGAUUUCUUGACAUCUCUCACGAAUCCGGCUGCACGAAUGGCCAAGUCGGGAACCCAAGCAUGGUCUUCUCGAAAUCCCGAAGACUUUGCUCAGGUCUGGAAGUUGAGUGCUGAGCGAGCUCAACUUCAAAAAGACAUCGCGGACUAUGACGAGAAAUUCUCAUUCAAGUCAGAUCAACUAGCGGAGUAUCGAGCUGUUAGAAAGGCCCAGAAGUCACCUCACAUGAGACAAGGAAGCCCUUACACCGUUUCUCUAUCCAAGCAAAUACAUGUUUGCAUUGUCAGAAGUUUACAACGACUCCGCAAUGAUCUCCAAACCCCACUGUCUGCUAUUGGUGGAAAUUUCAUGGUGUCGAUCAUUCUCGGGAGUAUGUUCUAUAACAUGCCGGAUACGACAGACAGCUUCUUCGGACGCGGUGUCUUGCUGUUCUUUACAAUCCUGCUCAACACCUACUCGGGUGCUUUUGAGGGUGUAGGUCUCUGGGAAACCAGACCAGUCGUCGAGAAGCAUUUCAGUCUUGCAUUAUACCAUCCCACCGUCGAAUCCAUCGCCUCGAUCCUCUGCGAUAUACCCAACAAAUUCCUCUUGACGUUUGCUUUCAACAUACCAUUCUAUUUCUUAGCGAAUCUCAGAAGAACUCCUGCGGCAUUCUUCACCUUCUACCUAUUCGCCUUUACAAGCUUGGUUGCGGGGUCGAUGUUAUUUAGAACGAUCGGUGCCAUGUCGAGAACACUGACUACUUCGAUUGCUCCUGGAGCUGUGUUCGUUUAUGCUUUGACUAUUUAUACUGGAUUCGUUCUGCCUAUCCCGUAUAUGCAUCCGUGGUUUAGCUGGUUUCGGUACAUCAAUCCGGUGACAUACGCUUUUGAGAGUUUGAUGGCGAAUGAAUUUAAAGGCCGCGAAUUCAAAUGUCCGGAAUUUAUCCCCAGUGGUCCAAGUUACAAAGAUGUUGGUCCGGAGAAUCACGCCUGCAAUGCUGCUGGGGCGGCUUUUGGAUCUUCUGUGGUUGAUGGAACGACAUAUAUUACCAACAGCACGAAUGGAGGCAUGUACCUCUAUUCCCACAUGAAUGUCCAAGCUAACGUGUACAUAAAUCUUGGGGUCAUAAUCUGCAUGGGCACGUUCUUAUGUGGUCUCUACCUCGCUGCAAGCGAAUGGAUUCCUCUACAAGGAUCAAAAGGAGAAGUACUCAUCUUUCCACAAGGACACUUCAGUCUCAAAACAGCUUCUAAAGACGAAGAAUCUCAAACACCAAACGAGAAGCCAUUGCAGAUCAUCGAGACCGCGACAGACGAGGCAGAACCAACACCGAUUGAAGGACAUGGAAAGUCGAUUCAGUUUCUUUGGGAUAACCUCACCUAUGAUAUCCCGACAAGUCAAGGUCCGAAGAGAGUUCUUCAUGGCAUUCAAGGAUGGGUUCGUCAAGGAAGUUUGUCUGCGGUGAUGGGACCCUCAGGAGCCGGCAAAACCACUCUCCUCAACGUUCUCGCUGAUCGUGCCCCCGGAGGCAUUGUAGGAGGAGAAAUAGUGAAAGGCGACCAAGACGACAACAAACACAGCUUCGCCCGCAAAGUAGGCUAUGCCCAACAAGCCGACAUCCACCUCUCCACCUCCACCGUCCGAGAAGCUCUUGAAUUUAGCGUCACACUCCGUCAAUCCGAAGAAUACUCUAUUCAAGAACGACUAGCUUAUGUCAAGGAAGUCAUCGAACUCCUUGACAUGGGCAGUUUCGUGGACGCAGUAAUUGGAGUCCCAGGAGAAGGACUGAACGUUGAACGCAGAAAGAAAGUCACCAUCGGCGUCGAACUUGCCGUGCGUCCCGAGCUGUUACUUUUUCUCGACGAACCAACUUCGGGGCUGGAUAGUAAUACAGCAUGGGCUAUUUGCACAUUACUGAAAAAAUUGUCUCAAAAUGGACAAGCGAUCUUGUGCACCAUACAUCAGCCGUCGGGAGAACUGUUCCAGAUGUUUAAUAAAUUAUUGCUGCUGUCUGAAGAUGGAAAGCAGACUUAUUUUGGGGAUGUUGAUCCGAAAUGCGAGACGGUGAUUAAGUAUUUUGAGACACAGGGUGGGAGAAGUUGUCUUGAAGAAGAGAAUCCUGCGGGGUGGUUGUUGGAAGUUACGAAAGCCAGCAGCGACCAUACUAAGAGCUGGGCAGACAAAUGGGCUGCUGCAGAAGAGAGAAAGGAGAUUGAGCAUCUGAUCAGUGAGACGAAGAAGAGUCUUCAAGAUCAUCCUGCACCUCAGACCUCAAGCCCAAUUGGACGAACAGAAUUUGCUCGCAGUUUCUGGACCCAAUUAUGGAUUCUGACGAAGAGAAAUCUCCUUCGAGACUGGAGAACUCCUUCUUACUUAUACUCCAAAUCCGCUCUCGUCAUUGCAGCAGGUUUAGUAAACGGCUUCUCCUUCUACCACUCCACCAACACCCUCCAAGGAAUCCAAAACCAAAUCUUCGCCAUCUUCCUCUUGCUCACUCUCUUCAGCAACGUCGUCCAACUGAUCAUGCCUCAAUACAUCGAAAACCGCGACUUAUACGAAAUCCGUGAACGUCCCUCCAAAGUCUAUUCCUGGCCCGCUUUCGUGCUCUCAAACACUAUUGCUGAACUUCCCUGGCAGACACUAUUGUCAGUCGUAUUGUAUGCAGUAUGGUAUUAUCCUGUAGGUAUGAAUAGCAAUAUUCCGGCUGGAGAGGUGAACGAGAGAGCGGGAUUGCAGUUUCUGUUUAUUUGGAGCUUCAUGAUUUUCACAUCUACGUUUUCGCAACUGGUUGUUACCCCAUUACCUGGUGCGGCGUUGGGGGUGAAUAUUGCUAGUUUGUUAUAUUCGUUGAGUUUGAUCUUUUGUGGCGUCCUAGUCUCACCCGCAAAACUCCCUCGCUUCUGGAUCUGGAUGCUUCGCGUUACACCCCUGACAUACUUCGUGAGCGGCAUGGCGUCUACAGGCCUCGGCCGCCUUCCAUUGACUUGCUCACCGAACGAAUUCCUCCAUUUCAACCCCCUCGUCGGUCAGGAUUGUGGUACUUAUCUAAAGGAAUAUAUGUCCUAUGCAGGUGGUUCUCUACUUAAUCUUACAGCGCAGCAAAACUGUGAGUUCUGCCCGCUGAGCGAUGUCGAUGCGGUGUUGAAGAGUCUGGGGAUUUAUUAUGAGGAUCGAUGGAGGAAUUUCGGGAUUACGAUGGUUUAUAGUGUUGUUAAUGUGCUGGGUGCGUUGGGGCUGUAUUGGGCUUUUAGAUUGCCGAAGAGGACGAAGGGGUAAAGGGGCCUGGGCUGUGGAUGGGGAGAUUCGCUCUGGCUUGGAACUUGCUGGGUAAUUUUUGUGUGUGUACUUUACUUAUUUCGCAAGAAUUUAGCCACUCAAACCAG